AUGGUACCGCCGAGAAUUGAGCUGUUUGGGUGGUUUGUACUCAUUGGUAGAGUGAAUACUAAGGAGAGAUUGAGUAGACUAGGCGUUAUUAGACUCAGUGAUACUCUCUGUGUGCUUUGUAAGAAGGAGAUAGAGUCGGUGGAGCAUUUGUUUCUCCUCUGUGAGUACACAUGGCAGGUGUGGUGCAGGUGGUUGAGGUCUUUUGGGGAGGUAUGGUCUAUGCCUGGGACCAUAAGAGAACUAUUUGAGAGGUGGACUGGUAGGCAUAAGCGGAAACAAGAGCAAAAGAAAUGGUUGCCGGGGUUCUUUGCAGUUAUUUGGAACGUUUGGAUGGAACGUAAUGCUAGAAUUUUCCAGAAUCAAGAAACAGGUGUGGACUUCAUAAUAAGAAAGACAUUGCUGAGCUACAACGAAUGGACUAAAAGGGAAGCUGUUGGUGGUUGA